AUGAGUUUAAAUAGUUCCAAAAUUUAUGCUAAUAGAUUUGUAUUGAAGAAUAAAUUGUCUCAAGGAUCCUUUGGAAUUGUAUAUUAAGUACAUGAUCGAACUACAAACAGUGAAUUUGCAUUGAAAGUUGAACUUGAACAAAAUUAAAAGAAGAAAACUUUAGAAAGAGAAGUUACUAUGCUGAUCUAACUUGAAAAUAUACAAGGAGUUCCAUAACUAAUAUAUCAUGGCUCUGAUUGUCAAACAUAGUUUAUAGUUAUGGAGCUUUUAGGUAAGGAUCUAUCUUUUUACUUAAAAUAAUAUAAAAAGUUCUCAUUCAAAUGUUGUUUGUAAGUUGCUUAUGAUUGCAUUGAUAUUUUAAAAAAUAUACACAAAAGAUUUAUCCUCCAUAGAGACUUAAAACCUGAAAAUAUUGUAAUGUCAAUCGAAUUAGAUUAAAUAUACAUUAUAGACUUUGGUGUUAGCAAGAUUUAUUUUGAAGCUGAUCACAUGUAAAUAUUAUUUUUAAAAAAGUAUUAUAAAGACCUUUUAGAGAAGACAAAGAUUUUAUUGGUACUGUUAGAUAUGCAUCAAUAGCUGCUCAUAAAGGCUAAGAAUUAGGAAGAAAAGAUGAUUUGGAAUCUUUAUUUUAUGUUAUCUUUUAUUUUCUAAGAGGCCAAUUACCUUGGCAAAAUAUUCCUGUUGAAUCUUGCGAAAGAAAUAGGGUUGUUGGAAAUAUUAAAUAAACUAUUUCUAUUUAAGAAUUAGCAUCUAUUAAAUGUCCAGAACUUAUUAAAAUUUUUUAAUAUAUUAGAAAAUUAAAAUUUCAAGAAUAGCCAGAUUAUGAAUUUAUUAAAGAUCUUCUGAUAGAAGCAGCUAAGGCAAAAAAUAUACAUUUAGAUGGAUAUUAUGAUUGGACAGAAGGAAUUAAAUUUAGUAAAAAACUUUCAGAAUCCAAAGUUUCCUUCGAUAAAAAGGAAUUCUAAUCUUCUAAAUAGUAAAUGAAAAGCACAACUAAAAUUUCAAAUUAUGUUAUUUGGUCCUUAUGCGAUAAUUCUAUGUAUAUAUUAUAUUCACAGUAGAGCUAAAUCAUAAUAAAAUUUAUAAAUACUACCAGAUAAAAAGAAAAGAUGUGAUAUUCAUCAUUUUUCAAGUGGUUCUAACAUUUCAGCUAUAAUGGGUACUAAAAAUUAGAUGAAAUUAAUGUAUUUACCAUAAACACUAACUAAAAAGGAUGUUGGAAUAUAAAGAAUGAUCUCAAUAGAAAUCUUAGCUCAUGAUGAAUCUGUAUAUUCUGAACAAAUUGAUGAGAAUUUCUAAGAGAGCCCUUUGAAUGACAAAUAUAAAGAUUAUGUGAAUGAAAUGUAUUUAUAUUAUGAAUAUUUCUAGAUGCUUUUAUAAUAAAUUUAGUUAGAAUUUUUAAUGAUGUGAUUGAUUCUUAUAUUUGUGUAGUAAAAGUUUUUGAAAUUAUAUAAUUAUAAAAUAAUGGAUGUCUUUUAUAUAGUUUAUUUAGUGUUAGCUUUAGUGAUAGGAGUGGUAGAUAUUUAUUGCAUUGGAAUAAAUAUGAAAUGCAUAGACAAUAAAUUCACAUUUACAAUUUUGAAUAUGCUGUGUAUUAUAAAUUGAAUAUUUAGUUAGUGAACUUUUGAUUUGCUUAGGUUGUUUGAUGGCUAUAGUGAAUUGUUAAGUAUCAUGGUCAUUUAUAUUUAUUGGUUUAAGUGGAAUUUGCGUAUGGUAAUCUUUUACAAUGUAUGCAACAUCUACAAAUAAAGUAAUUAUAUGGAAUGCUGCUUAGAAAGUAAAAAAACAAUAUAUUUUAUAGACUAUGAUAAUAAUGGGGUAUAUCGUACCCCUAGUAUUUUAUUUGAUUUCUUUAUUGGUUAUGAGAAACACUGAGUUUCAUUAUAAUUCUUAGAUUUGUGCAAUAAAGUUUAAUUCAUCAGAAAUGAUUUUGUCAAAAGUGCUUUAAUUUUUCUUUUUCUUUGCAUUUCAAUUAACAUUUUUGAUUUUUGGGAUAAUAGAUUCUAUAAAGUGUGUAUCAUUUUUAUAAAAGUGAUUAUUUAAUUGAUUUAGACAAAAGAGUAGAUUUACAUUUUUAGAGUAAUCCUAUCGUGAAACUUUAUUUUUACCAAUAAUAACAUCAGUGCUAAUCCUUUCAUAUUUCAUAUCUUUCAAUAUUCAAUACUGGUUGGAAGUAUAAUAGAUUAUCAUAAUAAAUAAUAUAUGUUCAAUAUUGAUGGAAAUAGACCUAAUAAUAUUGGUGUUCUAAUAUGGAUUUAAUCCAACAAUUUUAAAAGUGAAUGCAGUGAGAAAAGUUUAUCAAUUUAGAUAGAAUUUAGAAUUGAAAUAUAGAAAUAAGUUAAAAAUUCAUAAAAAUAAUUUUAGAUUGUUAGAAGGAUCUGGGUCUACAUUUUUCCAUGGUACUUACAGUGAAAGUGAAUUAGGAAGUAUUGAAUAAAUAUAAUCAAAUUUUAAUUAAUGA